AUGAAUAAUCCGAAAUUAAAGCAUGGUGGAGUAUACGUGAUAUUUUUUGUUUUACUGCGAUUUAUUUGUAACGUUAACGCGGGAGAUAGUGACUUUAUUCGUGACUAUUUUAUAAGUAAGGCAGUGCGAAAUGUUGUGGGAUUCUCCUGCGGAGAUUUCACGAGUGAUUUUUAUUUUAUGAAGUCAUUAAGCAGAGCCGGUAUAUUCACAAUCAUUCGGAAACACGAUAAAGAUAUCAACAUACGACGAUUCUUGAGCACUGAUGCCUGGAGCUUGGGAGUUGUCUUGGAUUUGCGUUGUCGCAACGAAAGCGCCGUGACCAUCUUUGCUGAGACCUCGAAGUAUCGUAUGUAUGACUACUCAUAUCAUUGGCUGGUCCUAGGAUCGAAUCUGAAUAGCAGCGUGCCGCUUUUGAACGAUAGUGCUUACAGUAUGACGACCGAUUUCACGCUCGCGAUAAUGAAUGGCAGUGGUUACGAUCUUUACGACGUUUAUAAUCAUUGCAAAUAUCGCGGAGGUACAUUGAAUUUGACGCGGCUGGGCUGGUGGCGACGAGGAGAAGGUCUUACUAUCACUUUGACUCAACCUCUGGUUGAAAGAAGAGCGAAUAUGCAUGGCAUGACGCUGAAAAUAUCGGGCGUGAUACAAUACAGGCCGAAGAACAUGCGAUUGGAGGAUUAUAUGAUCGAUAUUAAUACCAGAUCUUUAGACAGCAUGCAUAAGUUUGUGUACGCUAUGAUAUCUCACACUGCUGAUCUCUUCAAUUUUAGUGUACACGCUUCGGAGAUAAUUUAUUGGGAUCGUCACAGCGUGCAUGGUUUGAUAUUCGAGAUUCUACAAACGAAUUAUAUCGACUUCGGCAGUAACCCCAGGAUUAUGGUAUCCGAGAGAUUAGAUUAUGCUACCUUAAUCGGCGCGGCGUGGCCGAUUCGACCAUGCUUCAUGUUACUGUCCACUCCGUCGAAUAAAAUCAAGCUAGAAAUUUUCUUUAAACCGUUUGCGGUUCAGACUUGGUACUUGAGCGCCGUAUUCGUCGUAUUCUUUAUGUUCAUAAUGAGACUAAUAAUGAAACGCGAGGAGGCGAGCAGAGAAGAAAAAUACUCCGGUGCCAUAAUCGUUACUAUCGGCAUUACUGCUCAGCAAGGUGCAAAUUUUUUUCCCGAAUAUAUCCCGGGCCGUAUUGCUCUUCUGCAGAUCCUCGUGUUCAAUUGGAUCAUGUACAAUUAUUACUCGGGCAGCAUAGUGUCAGCUCGUUUGAGCGAACCGCUCGACAUGAUGGAGGAUGAUGUGACGGUUCUCGCGGAUAGCAAUCUGAAAAUCGCGGCGGAGGCUGUGCCAUAUUUGAAUUACUUUCUAUACAAACUUAGCUCUGAAUCAAAUUACUUCAGAAAGAAACGCUGGGAUCCUCUGCCGGAGUCAAAGCGAUACUUGCCGUUAGAGGAGGGUAUGAAGCAGGUCAGCGAAGGUAUCCUGGCCUAUCAUACGGAUCCGAACACGGCGUAUCCAUACAUCGAAAAAAUGUUCGAUCCGAGCAAGAUCUGCGCAUUGACGGAGAUCCAUCUGUUUAAGCAAUCCGUCAUGGGUAUGUACGCCAGUCGUAAUGGUCAAUUCACCGAGAUGGCGAAAAUUGCAUUAUCCAAGAUGUUCAAUACUGGGUUACGUGAUCGACAGAUAAAGUAUUGGUCGAGCAGGAAACCUCAAUGUACGCUUGAUACAUUGUCCACGAGAAGCAUAUCCAUAUACGAGACCGCUCCAGCUUUGAUUCUGUUAAUUUUCGGCGUACUUGUUGGAAGCAUGAUAUGCCUCAUCGAGAAUAUCAUCUACUAUCGAUUCACGAUCAGAGAAGAAAUGUUGAGACCUUUGAGCAACGAUGACACGGAAGCGACAGCCAGCACGAGCAAACAUAAUUUAUCCGAGUGA